AGUACUCGGCUCAUGAUGAUUAUCUGACAGAUAAGGACUUUCUAUUUGUUAUAGAGGAAUCCCCGUAAAACGCCUCUGAUCGUUAGACAUAUGCUUUUAAAUCUAUAUCAAACUAAUAAUAUAAGGAAUAAAUUAAAUUAUUCUCAUAAAGGUGUGUCCAAUCCGCUUCCUCUUCUCUGUUCCCUCACUGCGGCGAUGGAGAGCAACAGGUGCUCACAGGUGAGUUCGUGUUGUUCGUCCUCUGGACACCCUCACCGGGCGGCUCUGAUUCUGGCCCGGGGUGGCAGUAAAGGAAUCCCUUUGAAGAACAUCAAGAAUCUGGCCGGUGUUCCUCUCAUCGGAUGGGUCCUGAGAGCUGCUUUGGAUUCAGGAGUCGCUGACAGCGUGUGGGUUUCCACGGAUCACGAUGAAAUUGAGCGGGUCGCAAAAGUCUGGGGCGCGAAAGUUCAUCGCCGCAGUCCUGAAGUUUCCAAAGAUUCUUCCAGCUCUCUGGAGACUAUCCAGGAGUUCAUCCGACUGAGACCCGAGGUGGACAUCGUCUGUCAUAUUCAGGCUACGUCUCCAUGCCUGCACCCUCAUCACAUCAGAGAAGCCCUGCAGAUGAUCACCGAACAGGGUUGUGACUACGUGUUUUCAGUGGUGCGCAGACACCAGUUUCGGUGGGAGGAGGUGAACGAGAAAGGGAGUAAGAAUCCGACUCCUCUGAACAUCGAUGUGGCGCACAGACCUCGACGCCAAGACUGGUGUGGGGAACUCUAUGAAAAUGGCUCUUUCUAUUUUUAUACGAGAAAAGCCCUGGAAAACGGCCUUGAACAGGUGAGUAGGAUCGCUUACUAUGAGAUGCUGCCUGAGCACAGCGUUGAUAUCGACGUGGACAUCGACUGGCCUGUCGCUGAGCAGAGGGUUCUGAGGUUUGGCUACUUCGGCCAAGAGGAGAAAGCGGCGAUCAGGCUGUUUCUGUGUAAUGUGUCUGGCUGUUUGACGAAUUGUCAGAUUUACACAUCGGUUUCUGGAGAGGACCUUGUGGCCAUCAAUGCUCGAGACGUGGCAGGCAUACAGAUGCUGCAGAGAGAAGAUAUAGAGGUGAUCCUCAUAUCCAGCGUGAAUGAGCCACUGUCCAGGGGUCUCCUGGAGAAAGUGGCCCAGCAGGCCAGAUGUGGCCUCAGGAUUGGAGAGCAGCAGAAAGGGCUUGAGGUGGAGCGGCUGAUGAGAGAGAAAAAUCUGCGGUGGGACGAGGUGGCCUUCAUGGGUUCAGAAGCUGAAGAUGUAGAUGUCCUGUCUCAGGUGGGGCUGAACGGCGUCCCAUGUGACGCACCUGUGGCUGAUCUCAUUGCAGCUAAAUACAUCUGCCAGAGACCCGGUGGCCACGGAGCCAUUCGGGAGUUUGCCGAGUACAUUCUGACACUGGAGAAAAAGAGCACGUCACAGGUGCACCAGAAUCGCAUUGACAGGGCUCAUUUUUAGAACGUUUCUGUUUUAAACAGUCAGUUUGUGUCGCUGUGAUAACAUGACAUCAGAUCUAAUUUCAAUAAAACACCUGUGCGUGUCUGUUAACAAAAACACAACUGUGUUCCAGUUUAUGUCUUCAAUUGAUCUCUCUCUCUCUCUGUUUAUUUACCAUUUAUUCCUAUGCAAUACUCAUUUACUCAUUUUAUGGUUUGUUUAAUCUUCUUCUGUAUGAAAGGGAAAUGUCCUCAUUUCAAUGUCAUCAAGGAAAGUGUUGUGCAACAGGAGUUUUCCAUUAACUAUCUGUUACAUUUUUGCUAGUCCGAGGACAUCAGGAAGGACACAGCUAAAAUUAAUCUGUAAUGUUUAAGGUGUGAUUCAGUUUAUGCAUGUGUGCAUGUAUAUCCUACUUUUCAAAAGUUUGGGGUCAUUAAGAUUUGUUUUA